UCAGAUAUUAAUUUACCCAAGAAGUCAGCACAUUGUGAUCUACUUUUGGAUGCCAGCCGGAUUUCGCCCUCCCAAAUUUCUGGCAUGAGGCGAAUUGGGAUUUCUCUCCCUCAGCCGCCUCCCUUGACUAAGAUUCUUUCAAGCAUUCAGAACGGGCGAGCCUCUUCCCACAUUGAUGAUCCUGGUCAUCUUUUCGAUCCGAAAUAUUCUUUAAAUGGCUCGAAUAUUCCCAUAGCGCCUGAACCAUAUUUUUGCUCUUUCACAGCCUCUCCAACUUUGUCUAUGCGUAAUGCUGAUGUUGAAGUUGCCAAUAUUUGUCAGCCACUUUGCUCCGGCUUACCUGUAGACAGUGCAUUUGCUAGAGAUAGUAAGAGAUUUAAUAGAUGCUCACCUUCUAUUCAUUAG